CAAGGCGUAGACAAAUGUUUGGGCUUAUUUUGUAGGCGUGAAUCGUGAUGAGCCGGAGACCGUGGAUCUAAAUCCACCUCCUUUUCCUUCUUUCUUUGAAAAAAAGAAUAAAAAGAAUCAAAUUGGCAGACGCAAUUGGACUGAAAAACCUAACUGUCAUCGUGGAACUUUUCGACAGUUGAUUUAUGGUUCUUCUUUCCCCUUUCCCAUUUCCCAUUCUUUUGGACCAUUUUGUUCUUCCCCCAAUUUUUCUGCUGAGAUUCUAAAACCGUAAUCAAGCGCGAUUUGAUUUUCAACAACCCUAACAGCGAGAAACUUGUUUGUAAUUGGAAGAAAAUAAUUGUCUUGAGGUUCUGUUAGGGUUUUGUUUUCUAUUUCUAUCGUGGGUUCUUGAAAUUUUACAUUUAGCAAAGAUUUGAUCGAGUUAAUGGAGACCGCUCGUUCGGAAACAGGAUCUUUCGCCCAAACCGAAAUUAAUUGGGACAAGCUUGAUAAAACGAAGUUUUACGUGGUAGGAGCAGGAAUAUUUACAGGGCUUACAGUUGCACUCUACCCAAUAUCAGUGGUAAAAACAAGAAUGCAGGUAGCUACAAAAGAGUCUGUUGAAAAGAGUGCAUAUGAUGUUAUUCGAGGUUUACUGAAAACAGAAGGCAUCCCAGGUUUAUACAGAGGUUUUGGCACAGUUAUCACAGGGGCAAUUCCGGCAAGAAUUAUAUUUCUGACAGCAUUGGAGACCACAAAAGUUGCUGCUUUCAAAAUGGUUGACCCGUUUAAGCUUUCGGAUCCUACAAAAGCUGCUAUUGCUAAUGGACUUGCUGGAAUGACAGCUUCCCUUUGCUCUCAGGGUGUCUUUGUUCCUAUUGAUGUGAUAAGUCAAAGAUUGAUGGUUCAAGGGUAUUCAGGGCAUGCGAGCUACAAUGGAGGGGCAGAUGUUGCCCGUAAAAUCUUAAAACAAGAUGGAAUCCGCGGGCUAUACAGAGGAUUCGGUCUGUCUGUCAUGACUUAUUCACCUUCUAGUGCCGUUUGGUGGGCCAGCUAUGGCUCUAGUCAACGUCUUAUAUGGAAUUUAUUAGGUCAUGGAAAUGAUAGCAAUGGAUCUCUUCCAAGCCAAGGGACAGUUGUUAUGGUUCAAGGUGCGGGUGGAAUAUUUGCGGGGGCCGCAGCAUCUUGUGUCACAACUCCACUUGAUACUAUAAAGACUCGACUACAGGUAAUGGGACUAGAAAAGCGACCCUCUGCACGCCAAGUCAUCAAAACAUUGAUUGCGGAUGACGGUUGGAAAGGUUUCUAUAGAGGGAUUGGUCCGAGGUUUUUUAGCAUGUCCGCAUGGGGGACUUCCAUGAUACUCGCAUAUGAAUAUUUGAAGCGGAUAUGUGCUCAAGAUUUACGCCAUCAAACCCACAUCUCUUCUAUAUCUCUCCUUACUCACUUCAGUUUCCAAUGGACCUUCGAUACCACCACCCUCCUUCCGCCAUCGCUGCAACCUAUAGAAGGUUUACCAACGUCUAGCACACAGGCAGCGUACCACCACAAAUUUGCCGCCCUCAUCACCCAUGGAGCGAAUUGGGAAUUAGAUUUAGUAACUUAAUUUCUUCAUGGGAAAGAAAAGGAUCAGGGGUGAGAUUAACCCUGUUACAUGUUGGAUUUUAUCACUUACAUGCCUUUUUUCAAGUUGUUUCAGGUAAACGAAGAAACUGAAAUGAUGGACAAUCUUGAACUUCAUUAUCUUGAGGAUUACCCUCUUCAGGGAAAAAACUCAAUAAGCAUUUGAAUUGUCAGUUAUGUUGAUUAAAUGGUGGCAUGUAUGCGUUAAAUUGACAUUUGAUUUGGACCUAAUACUUAAGUGCGAUUAAAACAAUCUUCACCAAAAAAAGUUUAUUGCAACUAGAGACCAACACCAGGGAGUAUUUGAGUUGCAACAUGGUUGGGUGUGGUAGCCUUUCCUAUGUUUUAAUUUGUAUUUCUUAAUCUUUUUAUGUAUAUUCUAUUAAACAUUAAUCAAAUUUUAAUACUUUGAACUAAACUCCACG